AUGCAUCGCUACAUCCCUCGACGAGACGGAACUCCCCUCUCUGAAAAGAUCCGCAUGAAGCAAGACCAUCAGCCACGGCCUACUACACCGCCUGCCUGCCGUCCCCUCCCCGCUCCCCUCUCCGUCGUUGGACCGUCGGUCUUGUCCCCAACUUCUUACAAGCGCCCCUCUCCGGCCUCGUCUACUCCCUGUAGACGAAUUAGAACAAAUUUCUUUGGGCCACGGCCGAAGGAAGAGGAGGAACACCAACGACACGAAGAGAGAUUGGCUGAAGCCUUGGAGAUCGAUAAGGCUGCCAAGAUCCUCGAUUUCAGGGUUCGGCCGGCCCGAGCACUGAGGACAGAGUAUACAACCCAGGCAAUCGCAUCUUCCACGGACUCAACCAAAUUACAACGCAGCCUGCCAGCGGCGCCGUACAAAGUCCUCCAAGCGCCGGGCCUCGAGGAUGACUACUACCGCUCGCCCUUGGCCUACUCUUCUACCUGCCGAUGCUUAGCUGUGGCUCUGGGAAACACCGUCUACCGAUGGUCGGAAUGGCAUGAUCCCCAGCCUGUCUACCGCACUCCUCACCAGCGACAUACGAGCCUGACAUCUCUGUCAUUUUCCUCAACCGAGGGAAACAAGGCUAUUCUGGCCUAUGCACGCAAGGACGGUUACUUUGUGCCAACAGAGGACCUUCUGGUUGGCGAUGGUCGAGGAAACAUCCUGCACUAUAUCGUUGAGUGGCCCAGCUUGUGGGAGGUAUCCCGUGACACUUGGUUUGGUAAAGUGACGCCCGUUGCCAAGAUUGCAGCGCAUACCUCGCAGAUUUGUGCACUAGUCUGGUCUCCCGAUGGUCAAGACUUUUAUGAAACGAGCGGCAAUGGAUCGGGCCCUGGCGUGGAGACCAUGUUCGACGUCACUCGGAUAAGUACAACAAUCGAGGCUGGUGUUAUUGGAGGCAUCCCUAGAACGAUACAAGCGCCUACAGAGGACUUGCGAGUGUUCAAAAGAGGAAUGGAAACGCACUGUUGGCGACAUGAGGCUGCAAUAAAGGCAAUCGCAUUCUGCCCCUGGCAGAACGAGCUCGUUGCCACUGGCGGCGGCUUGGGUGACAAGUGCAUCCACUUCUUCCACACGACGUCUAGCACACCACUGGCCACCAUCGAUGUCGGUGCGCAGGUCACCUCAUUGAUCUGGUCUACGACACGGCGGGAAAUAGCAGCUACGUUUGGCUACAGCCAUGGCUAUGCGCAAACCGAGCAUCCAUAUCGUCUCAUUGUCUUCAGCUGGCCGUCUUGUCGGCAAGUCGGAGCUAUUGCUUGGGCGGGUGGCCCACGGGCCUUAUACGCCAUUCCGUACCCAGGAGGACCAUCAGAUGCACUCAAGGGAAGUCGUACGGCAAAAGAAGGAACUAUUGUCGUGGCAUCGAGCGACGAGACUCUCAAGUUUCAUGAAGUCUGGCAGGACAAGCCAAAAUCGACUACCGGAGGCGCCGUUGGGAUGUUGGGCGGUAGUGACAUUCUCGAGGCACUUGGUGGGAUCGAUAAGGAUGGAGACGUCAUUCGAUAA